AUGUGUUAUUAUCCAUAUCGAAAAGAUCACUCCAAAGUCCGAAACUGGGUCAAACAGAAUAAACCGUAUAGUGCAAUUUGGCCAACGUAUCCAAUACGAAUUCUCUCAACGACUGAGGACUUUAACCAAGGAGAAAGAAGAUUGAAAAAAUCCUUUACGUCUGCCUCUAUCGAAACAUCAGAUUCAGAAAAAAGAAAAAAAAAGAAACUUGAUUCUAAAGCAGACUCGAGCUCUAUUAAGUUAUCAUUAGCUGACGUGACACCGUUGCCAAAAUCACAAACAGGCACAAGUAUUUCUGAAACAACAGACAAAAGUACGCUGAGUAGCGGUAGAUCAUCUAUGCUCGAGGAAGAUUCAAGAGAUGAUGGUUUUACUGAGCCUCGUGGAUGUGACGAAUCCUAUUAUAUUAUAAACGAACUUAAAAAAUAUGUUGUCUCGGAGUUUGAGGGCAUGAAAAAGAGUUUAAUAUACGAAAUUAAAAAGCAAUUCACUCGAAUGAUGGAAACAGUAGAAAUUGAAAAUGCAAAAAAAAGUGUUGACGAUAGUCCAUGGAAAAUCAUUGAAUCUCAAUUUCCAUGUGAAUCAACAGACCAAUUCGUGGAGUUAGAGACAGCUUUAGUAGAGAAUCAAGUUAAGCAAGAUGCUUUGAAACAAAUAUAUCACCUAUUGACUGUAGGAUCGAACGACUUUAAAAGAGAUGUUCAAACGAUUAUUGGUAAAUUAAUCAGCAAAGUUGUUCAGCUAGAUUACAGCGGUACUGGAAGGAAAAUCAAAGGCGUCGGGAAGAAAAGUUUUCAAGAUACUCAAUCGUACAAGUGUAUGAGUGAAUUUCUCCAGGAAAAGUAUAAAAACAGCUCGGUGAAGCUGACUAUUUUGACUGCAACAAGCCAUUACUUAUCCGGUGCUGGAGACCGAGAAGGAGGAAAGAGGAAGAGGCUCUUGACUGACAUAGGUGAUUUAUAAGCUAUGGUGGAAAUUGGUUCAAUUUUUAUACGGAAUUUACUUGACUGUUUAAUUUAAGUAAUUUAAUUAAUCAAAAAAAGUCACUAUUGUUAAUAAUUAGCUCGUCGUUUAAUACGGAAUUUACUUGAAUGUUUAAAUAAUGAUCGAUAAUGGCACAACAAGUAAAAAAUUCUUGC